AGAGAAGAUAUCAUACAAGAACCAAAAUGGCUGGAACAGAGAGGCUGGAGAAUGUCAACCCCCACAUCUUUGCCAAGGCCGGGGAGAGGCUAGCAAGCCCAACUGACUGGGAUGAUAGCGUAUACGAUCCAUUUGAUUCCCGUGAGAUCUUUGACUUGAUCAGGAAUAUUCGUGACCCGGAGCAUCCCUUGACCCUGGAGGAACUCAAUGUGGUAGAGGAGAAUCAAUGUGAAGUGAGUGAUGCAGAGAACUUCGUCAUGGUACACUUCACACCCACAAUCCCUCACUGCAGUAUGGCUUCUCUUAUUGGCCUUAGCAUAAGGCUCAAACUGCUUCAUGCAUUGCCUGCAAGAUUUAAAGUAGACGUCCGCAUUUCACCGGGCACCCACGCAUCAGAACACGCCAUCAACAAGCAACUCAAUGACAAGGAGCGUGUGGCUGCAGCUUUGGAAAACUCCCACCUCCUAGAAGUCAUCAACAAAUGUUUGAAUCCACGUUGACAUGUGCACCAUUGAUUGUUACUCUGAGAGGGAAAAUUGAGGAAAGGCGUUAAUUUGAGGUGAUGACUCGGGAAGCCUGGAAUACUCUUUUUUUCUUGUAUUUUAAUAUGCUUUGUGUUACAUUGUGUAUGAAGUAUUUUAAUAUUAAGAAGAGAUUGGAGCGAAGACAGGAGUUUGAGUUGGUUUCUGUAAAAGGAAAUUUGCUUUUCUUUGUUUUCUGCUUCCUCUUUCACCAUCUUUUCUUCCUUCCCUUCCCUUUUACCAUUUUUUGUUCUCCUGCAAUCUUUUUUUAAAGUUCUCACUUUAAAAGGUAAUUAUGAUUUACAUGUGGCAAUGAUUUUCAUUGUGUGUGUGUAAUCAAGUUUAGUAUUUGUUUUAACUGUUUGUAUUACAUAUGUUUUGGUAUUUUUGUUCAACUUUGAAGGAAAACAGGAAAGUAAAUUAUUAACCAUU